AUGGAUAAAAACAAUAUUAACUCUGUCGAACGAGUAAAGCUGGACGCGAUGUAUAAUUUAGAUUCAACCAUUGUUUCUGUUCUGUUGAAAGUUUCAUCUUCAAACAACGAUGGUUUCAUAUUUAAUGCUGGCGGUAGCGCUAUGAUUGAUACCUCCGAUGACCCAUAUGGAGCUGUUAUAUACGGAUACAAUGAAACAGAGGUCAUGCUCUGGAGACCAGCCCAAACAAAUACAAAUGGACAUUUGGUUUACUUGGGUGGACAGUGGGGCUCGGGGCAAAGUAAUCAACAAAGUGACGUGGUUGAAGUCAUCGUUAAAGUUAUCGACAUAUCUGGUACGCCUUGCAAUGGUACAGAAAAAUGUUCCCCUGAUUGGUCAAGGAACAGAUGCGUAUCUACAGAUUGUCCAAUCCCUCCUGACAUUGAUAAUGCUUAUAAGCUAUAUGAAGGAGUUACUAAUGAUAGCAAGGCAUUAUAUGCUUGUAAGACUGGAUACACCGAAAGUUCUGAUGACGUUAUAAUUAACUGUGUUGAGGGUACAUGGUCUAUGACUUCAAUGUUCUGUAAAGGAUCCUGUCCUGAUCCACCAUCCAUUGCUAAUGCUGACGUCAUGGUCUCUAGCAAUGUCGCUCUGUAUUCUUGUCACGAGGGGUUUCUUCCAAAAUCUGGAACCAGUUUAAUAAACUGCUUACAAUAUGAGUGGCAAACAACAAAUUUUACUUGCUAUGCGUCAUCUUGUGGUCCAGUGCCUAACAUAACAAAUGCUGAUUUCCUAGUUGAUAAUGACGUGGCUAUGUAUGCAUGUCGCUAUGGAUUCAGGCCAACAAAUUCUGACAAUAAAGUAACAUGUGUGUCUGAUACAUCAAACAGACAAAAAAGCUAUAUCACCAAUGAAACAAUUGCAGAAUGGAUAAAAAAGAUGAAGGAGGAGCUAUACGUAAAUAAGUCAAAAACCAGUGCCUAUAACAGAAGUUUGAUAAGUGUGUAUGAAUCUCGUCCGAGUGCUGUACAGUUAGGAAGUGUUGGGGUCUUGCUGAUAAGUUUUACUAUAACAGCUUUAAUAUUACCUGAUAUAAUUGCCGUUGUCAAAAACGUAUGUAAUAAAUUAAACAAGACUUUCUGUAAUCGUCGGAUAGAGCAAUGA